AUGUUGAGAACCUUGUCAACCCUGUUGGUGGUGACGUCAACAUUGGUGAACGGGCAACGACCUCCCUUUGCUGGCUCGCGGCCUAUCGGUUUUCCCGAAUUAGUAAACAGGACAACUACACCUGUACCUGGUGAACUCGGAGAUCGUUUCGGUGAAGGUACAACACAGAGAUUGCCUAUCGAGGCAAACGGAGACAGGGACCUCAUUGACCGGUUAAGUAAACUACCAAUAGAUAAGCAGCCCUUCUGGUUUAUUAACUGGCAAGCUCUGGAAGAACAUAGGAAGAACCCUCAAUCAUACCCACAAAGACCAAAUGGAUUCGUCGACGCUGUGCCACAAAACGGCAUUCUCUCUAGUAACCAAGAAUUCGCAAGUAAUCCAAGCCUUAUAAAUAAUAAUCAAGGCUUUGUAAAUACCAACCAAGGUUUUCCAGCCCAGGGAUUUUCUGUUAAUAACCAAGGAUUUGCAAAUAGUAACCAAGGUGUUCCAAAUAACCAGGGAUUUUCAAGCAAUAACCAAGGAAUAGCAAAUACUAAUCAAGGAUUUUCAAGCAACCAAGGAUUUUCAAACAGUGGUUUUCCUAACCCUCAGACGAGUGCGCAGAAUACUAAUAGAUUUGUGAAUUCUAAUAACGGAUUAUCAAACCCUAAUUCAGGAUUUACUAACUCUAUCAACGGUUUUGUUCUAACCGACCCUGCUUUAGUAUACACACAUACUGAAAAUAAUUCUGGAACACAAAACAAUGACAAUGUUAAUAGUAAUUCAAAUCAGGUCUUCGCAAGUACCAGUUCUAGACCUUCAAACCAUCAGCAGAUAUUUAAAAUCCCUAAUCACGGAUUAACAACAAUAAACCAAGGAUUUUCCAAUCAAAAUCAGGGACUAGUCACCCCAAGUCAAAGUUUCACAAAACCGAAUAAAGGAUUUUCAAGCACGAGCUCGGGAUUUGCUAGUAAUGUCGCUGUUUCCAACUCAAAUCCUGAUAUAAAUUCUAGAUUUUCAGCUCAGGCAGUUAGUCAGUCAACAUCAAGCAAUAAUAAAGUUGGAGACGCUAACAAUUAUAGUUAUCACUGGAAUAAUACGUUCAGCAACUCGUAUAAAUAUACUUAUAAUUAUACCACACAUUCAGUCAUUCGUGUUCCACAAGAACCUGGACCGGAUCACCAUAAACAAGAAUACCAUAACUUAAAUUAA